AUGUUCACCAAGACUUUGGCCGCCGUGUCGGCGCUGUCGUUCUUUGCCUCAACUGCUCUUGCUGUUGAUGCCAGCCUGAAGAAUAAUGUUGCUGUAUACUAUGGACAAGGUGCAAACCAGCCCCGGCUCAGCUAUUUCUGUGAACAGACCACGAUGGAUAUCAUCAACAUCGGGUUUAUUCAUGAGUUCCCUAAAGCUGUCGGCGAAAUCCCUGGUUCCAACUUUGGCAAUCAGUGUGAUGGCAACCUGUUCGAGGGAACCAAUUUGCUCAACGGCUGCCACCAGAUCUGGGAGGAUAUCCCGAAGUGCAAGGCCGCUGGCAAAACAAUCUUGCUGUCCAUCGGUGGUGGUACUGCCACAGGCCAAUCCCUUCCAGACGACGCUACCGGUGUCUGGUUUGCUGAUUUCUUGUGGUAUUCCUUCGGUCCUUACAACCCAAUGAUCUCAUCAUUGUCCUGGACCCACGAGCUGGCAAAGACUGCAUUCCCUCGUCCAUUCCUUGAUGUCUCAGUUGAUGGAUUUGACUUUGAUGUCGAGUACAACGGUGGAACUGGCUAUGCCGCCAUGAUCAACCGUCUGCGCUGGCACUAUUCUCAGACUCCUGAACGGACAUUCUACAUCUCCGGUGCUCCCCAGUGCUCACUCCCUGAUGCCCAGCUCGGCGAUGCCAUCUCCAACUCCGCCUUUGAUUUCAUCUGGGUUCAAUGGUACAACACCAAGGGUUGCUCUGCUGCAGACUGGGUGGACGGCACUGGCAAGUUCAACUUUGAUGCUUGGAUCAAGGUCAUCGAGGCUAGCGCCAACCCAGAUGCUAAGCUCUUUAUUGGCCUUCCCGCAUCGGAGAGUGCUGCUAAUGCUGGGUUCUAUCUGACCCCAGAGGAGGCCAAGCCACUCAUCACGAAGUACAUGAAAAUGUAUCCCAAGAACUUUGGUGGUGUCAUGCUCUGGGAGGCUACUGCUGGUGAGAACAAUCUCAUCGACGGUUCAACUUUCACCGAGCAUAUCCAAGAUAUCCUGUACGAGUGUGCUCCUCCUCCACCCCGACCAACUUCAACUGUCACCCCGAUCCCAUCCUCAACUUCGACUUCGACCUCCACUUCCACUUCCACUACCCCCUUGCCCACCACCACCACGUCGUCCAGCACCACCACGUCGUCCAGCACCACCACGUCGUCCAGCACCACCACCACUCCCUCUCCCACUCCUUCUUCCAGCACCUCUUCGACCUCCACCACCACGACCUCGUCUGUCGUUAGUACCCCCUCUGGACACUCUUCCUCUUCCAGUGCCUCUAGCAGCACCGAGAUUCCUCCGGUUGCCUCUUCCUCGGGACACCCCGGUCCUCACCCAACCACCUCUCGAACUCCCACUGGAAAGCCUACCCCCAGCUCGCCUGUUGGCCAUGGCUCCCACACUAUCCCAACGUCCACCCCUUUGAUCCCCGGUCAUUCUUCCAGCACUGUCCCUGUCCCCUCUGCGAGCGAGUCUGACUCCUCUUCUACCAUCGAGAGUAGCACUACGACUGGUCCGUCUGGUGGCCAGACUACCACCGGCGCCCAGACUACUGGAGGCCCCAAGCCUACCGGCGAUGGCUCUGUCACUGCCCCAUCCGGUAUCACCGCCGUUCCCUCUGUGACUGCUUCGCCCUCUUUGGGCCCAGGAACCACCACAACUAUCAUUGUGACCUCCUACAUUGAUAUUUGCCCUACUGGCUUCACCACCAUCACUACUACCAUUACCAGAACCUACUGCCCUGACGACUCCACUGCUACUGCUACUGGCACUGCUGAGAUUACCGGCCCUACUUCUGGUCCUGCUGUUCCCACUUCCUCCAUUCCUGAGGGCUGGACCACCACUGUGACUGUCUGCACUCAAUGUGCUGCUACCCCAACUACCGUGACUCUCACCAAGCCCGCUGCCACAACUACCACUGAGGCUGUGUCGCACCCUACUGGUCCUUCUGUGCCUGAGGGUUACACUACCACUGUGACUUUCUGCAAACACUGUGGCCCUACCGGCAGCACUAUCACCGUCACUGUCCCAGCUCCCACCGCCACCGCUCCUGCUCCUGGCUCUGACUCCGGCUCCAACCCUGGAUCCAACCCUGGAUCUGACUCUGGUUCGUCCGGCCCGGGUGAAGGCUCUGGAUCCGAACCCAACCCCGGCUCUCCUGGCCAGGGUGAAGAGGUCACAGUGACCGGCGUCGCCCCUGUGGUGCAUACUCCUUUCCCCAAGCCUCAUGGCCAUGGACAUGGACAUGGACAUGGUCAUGGUCAUGGUCCUGGACAUGGAGGAUUCCACCCCGGCAGACCGUCAUCCAGCCUGGCUGUCCACCCCUCGCCCUCCCACACACCCGUGGCCACCCCCACAAGUCAUCCCGAAGUGCCCAGCAGCACUCCGGAGGGCGUCUCCCCAGUCUUCACUGGCGCCGCCUCCAGGGCAGGUGUCACCGGGCUCUUCGGUGGCGUUCUCGCCAUCGGUCUCUCCAUGUUCAUGAUGUUGUGA